AUGAACUCUAUCAAGGCCGUUUCGGUCCUCUCGUUCUUUGCCACCUUCGCUGCUGCUUGGCCCAUGAACACGACCACCACUUCAUGGGAAUCCACCAAGUCUUCUAGCUCCAGCUGGGAGUCUUCCAAAUCCCCAAGUUCAACCUGGACUCCUUCCUCAAGCUCUGAGUGGAUUCCUAGCUCGAGCUCCACCUGGUCUUCUACCAGUUCGGUCGAGAGUUACGCAUGUAACCCAGCUCACAGUUAUCCCAAUGGACAAAGCUGUAUCUCCACUGCAGGAUCGUUGACCUUGGUCAGCCCCUCGGCCAGCUCAACUCAGUCGUACGCCUGUAAUCCAGCUCACAGCUAUCCUGGAGGUGCUUCAUGCAUCAGUACUGCUGGAUCUCUGACUCUUGUCACCCCUACUCAAAGCACCACAUACACGACUACAUACACCACUGACUAUGUCACAUUCUGCCCCUCCCCCACUGUUCUGACCAUUAACAGCAAGACGAUCACAGUCACUUCUGCGACGACUUUGACAGUUCCUUGCCCAACCUGCGUCAAGACUUCUGUGAUCACCAAGCCGAUCAACCAAGCAUCUACCACCAACGCACCUGCUCCCAGCUCAUCUGCCAUUGGCUGCGCUGCAAGCCUUCUCAAGUGCCAGUACACUCCUGCUUCUGAUGGUGGUUCUGCCAACGAGGCCUACUGUGCUUCUCAGAACGCAAAUUGCCAGGGCGCAUGCUACGCAUCCUACAACACCUGCAGAACUACCCGCGGUCCUGAUGGCCUUUCCGCCAACCAAGCUCAAUGUGCUUCCGAAUAUGCACAAUGUCUUGGUGAAAACCCCUUCGCCUCCACUGGAGGAUUGGUCUCGACUUACAUCCCUUACACUGCCACUGCAAGCUCGUCCACCCCCGUCUCGAGCUCAACUAUCUGGGUGACCUCGACCACAGUUUACGUCACUGACUACGUUACUGUGUGCACUACCCCAACUGUAAUCACUGUCAACAAGCAGACGAUCGCAGUGACCCAACCGACUACCCUGACAAUUCCCGUGCCCACAACUCAGGUCAUCACCAAAUCCACGGUUGUUCCUGUUUCUUCUGUUCCCAUGAGCUCGAAGCCCGCCACUCAGCCCGCUUCCCAGCUCGCCUCUUCGCCCGUCGCCCCUGUCUCGACAGGACCUGUUGCCUCUGGAACUGUUUGUGCUCCCCAAACCGUGACCGUUACCCAAUAUGUCACCAUUUCCAUGAAGGAGACUUCCAUGGCUUCCAUGGCUCCUCCCGCUUCAAGCAAGCCUUCCUCGUCGGCUCCAGCUUCUAGCAAGCCUACUCAAUCUGCUCCGGCUUCCAGCAAGCCUGCAUUGUCCGUCCCCGCCUCGUCCGUUCCUGCUUCUAGCAAGCCUGCGUCUUCAGCCCCUGCUCCCUCCGCUACCCCUGCUGGCAAGUGCCCUCUUGACCUCAAGGCCGGCGCUUACGACACUUACUUCACCAUCCCCAAGUCUUCUGACCUUGUCACUACCGCCUACAGCUUGUCUGGCUCUGGCAUGAUCAAUGUUUCCAAGGGCGGCAAGGUCAUCAACAGUUUUGCUCCUGUUGCUGGCAAUGCCUACCUCAUUGAGAGCGGCAAGUGCGCUGCUGGCCAGUCUGUUGCUUACACUUUCAGCACCGGUGACUCGGUUUCUGUUAACCUGUUCAACGACUUCAACCCUUGUGCUCUUGGCGCCUUUGUCACCAUUGCUUAA